UGGAUCCCGAACAGAAGAAUUAAUGUCUCGAGGUAGUUCUGGUGGAUUGCCGGUUCCAGGCUUGUCUCCAUUGGCUGGAAUGGUCUCUACUUCUUAUAGUAGGUGUAUGACAACAGCUGCCUCGACUACUAUGGAUUCUUCUGAAUCAGUAACUGAUGUGCCUCCUCGAAUUAAAUUAAAGAGGCUUGAUAAAACUGCCAAGCACAUAAUGCAGAUACUGGAUAAGGAAGCCGUGGAGGAAGUGAAGGGGCAGAGGAAGAUACUUGACAUAAAACCUGGCUACAUUGUGCAACUGAAAGUGGUCUUACCUGAAAACAAGCGACGAGUUUCAACUGUAAAAGGGAUUGUUAUCGCUAGACGUAAUGCUGGCCUAAACACUACAUUCCGAAUAAGGAGAAUGGUAGCAGGAGUUUGGGUUGAAUCUCUCUUCCCACUGUAUUCCCCUAACAUAAAGGAGAUAAAGGUGGUGGACAAGAAGAAAGUGAGAAGAGCGAAGCUUUACUAUAUCAGGAGUAUAGGGAGCCGUCGGGUAUGCUCCUCUGCUUGCACUAAGACAGUACAGAUCCAGACAGUUUACACCACCAACAUAUGGAAACUAGAAGUUGAAAAACUUAGAAAAGGGAAAAACAAGGCUGAAGAGGACUUGAACAGUUUGAAAACGGAGUAUAAGAAGCUGCGUAGAUCAAUGAGAACUGCUGGGUUAGGAAAAACAUCGGAACAGUGGCAACAGGAAGUUAAAGAAGAACAAAGCAAAGCUAACCAAUGGGAAGAAAAAUUCCGGGAUGCUCAAGCUCGAGAAGCUUGCCAAAAUCCAGCAAGAUAUGAGGGACCAUAUGUUGGAGUCCCAGAAAAGCAUGAUGGACCAAUUAACUCGUCUAUUGGCUGGUGGAUUAGAAAAAAGGGAAAAGCCCUUUGA